CGCAGCCAACUUCACGGGAGACGCACCGAAAACAAAACAGAAAAUUGAGGGAAUCAAAGCAAAAACUGGGAAAAUGACCAUGAACGUCGACCUGCGAUCGUACUCGCGUCACUGGUUAACCGAGUUCAUCGAGCAGUACCAGGAGGAGGAGUGCCUGUGGCAGCCGAAGCACAACGACUACAGCAACCACGCAGCGCGCAACAAAUCCUACGACCGACUGGUGGAGAAACUCAAGGAGGUGGAACCAAAUCCGGACCGGGCGAUGGUUGUUAGGAAAAUCAACUCGCUACGCUCCGCUUUUCGCCGCGAAUUCCGCAAGACGAGCAGCAAAAACGACUACGAGACCCGUUUGUGGUACUACGACAAGUUGCUGUUCAUUGCCGAGCACAAGCCCAAGCGACACGAGCUGGGCAGCAAGCCCAAGCGCGAGCUGCAGAUCAGCUUCGACGACGAAGAGUCCAUGGAGUACGAGGAGGAAUCACAUCACACAACAACUCAGUCGCAGCACAUAGAGAGCAUUGUGCCCGCGUCCUCAGACGAGGUGGAGGAGAUCCCGGCCACGGCCAGCAAUGUGGUGGUAAGCAGCCAAGGGACCACCCUCAGCACCAUAUCGGUGACCCCCGCGGAGUGCGUGGCUCUGGUCAAAAGUGAGGAGCAUCAGGCUCAUGAGGCAGCGGCUGCAGCACAGGCGCACCAGCAGCUUGUGGCACAUGCGGCAGCUCAGACUUCCAUAGCUGCGGCGGCAGCACAGGGACAUGCCGUCAAGGUUCUGGAGAUCACAUCACUGGAUUCAAACUCCCAGCGCGAGAUCCAACAGGCUGUCAACUCCCUGGAACAGCACCAGCAGCAAAUGCACCUGCAGCAGGCCAACGGGCAUGCAACGGUACCCACCAUCCAAAUAGGACGCGAUCACUACCAGCCACUGUUUGGCAAUGCCAGCACGACCGCAUACACCACUACGGCGGCGCCGACAACGCAUCGACACGAUGACGAGUACGACGCCAUUGGCGUGAAUGUGGCCAGCAAGCUGCGCACCAUCAAUCCCACGCAGCGGAUCAUAGCCGAGAAACUGAUCAGCGAUGUCCUGUUCAAUGCCCAGCUGGAUAACCUCACCGUGAACUCGGCCCUCACGCAGUAAUCUCAAUUGUAACUAGCAUUAGUAAAGUAGCGUGCAAAGUGUAGUUUCUGUAUCUGUAAUAAUCAUAUUAAUCUGUCUGUGUCUCGUCCCCCAAAAUCUGGCCGGCAUUUGCCGCUUGGCCAGUAGUUGAUUGUACCAUACCGUUAACAUGUAGUUUUAAUUUAUCUAUACAAUAAAUAUAUUGUAUUUCUUAAGCUCA